AUGAGGGAAGAUAUCCGAGGUUGUUCCCCCCAACGACCCGCCACGACCACCUCCCGAACUCUCCCUCCCUCAACGACCCGCCACGACCACCUCCCGCACUCUCCCUCCCGCAACGACCCGCCACGACCACCUCACGCACUCUCCCUCCCUCAACGACCCGCCACGACCACCUCCCGCACUCUCCCUCCCCCCCCACGACCCGCCACGACCACCUCCCUCACUCGCCUUCCCCCAACGACCCGCCACGACCACCUCACGCACUCUCCCUCCCCCAACGACCUCCUCCCGCACUCUCCUUCCCCCCAACGACCUAUCGGCGCGACCCGUGAACGCCUCCGUCUGCCCCAACAGGUGUCGUGGAUCAGACGGAGGGACCUCCACGUGCUGACCUCUGGAGUACACACCUUCGCCUCAGACCAGCGGUUCCUCGCUCUCCACGCCGACCGCUCCGAGAACUGGACUCUUCAUAUUAGGUUCAGCCAAGUGAGGGACUCGGGAGAGUAUCAGUGUCAAGUCAACACCGACCCAAGGAUCUCCAUGUUGUUCUACCUCAAUGUUCAAGAGGCUGCCACUAUGAUGGACGGGUCUGACCAGAGGUACGUCAGAGCGGGCAGCACCAUCCAGCUCUCCUGCAGCACCUCUAUAGCCUCCCAGCCUCCAGGGCUGCUGUACUGGUACCGGGACGCGGAGAUCCUGCAGGACGGGGGCCGAGUGGACAUCAGCACGCACCUGGAGAACGAGACGGUCAGCAAGCUGGUCAUUCAGGGCGCCAGGGUCGGCGAUUCCGGCAACUACACCUGCUGGCCCACCAAGUUCCUCCCGGCCUCUGUUAUGGUCCAUGUUAUACCAGAAGCGAAAGCCGCCGCCAAGUCCCACGGGACGGGGAACAAUGGCGGCAGCGCCUCCACCACGAAAACCACGAACGCGUCUGCUUGUACGGCUCUGCCUGCUGGCCUACCGCUGCUGCUGCUGCUGCUGCUGCUGCUGCUGGCGUGGGAGACGGAGGCCUUGCUGGUGAGUCGCGCCUCGCCCGACUGGCUCUUUGGCAACCUAGCCAGGCGGAGACUUCCUGGAAGAUAGUCGUGUAUAUGUUGUUCAAUGAAAUAUUCCAGUUGAGACUUUUAUUAAUACAUUACUGAUGUCUGUUUGAGAACUUUAUGUUGUCUACUUAUCUCAUCGUAAUGAACAAUAACUAAUUUUCUGUGAUAGUUAUUGUGUUUAAUAUUGUUAUUGUGUCACUGGGUACAAUUAUUUAACUUAUUUGUGUGAAAAUAUAUAAAAUUAUAUAUUACAGAAAUUUAUAGAAAUAUCUUUUACAUAUGUUUGAAAAUCUGGCAAUUUUUGGCAUAAUGAAAUUUUUUUGCAAAAAAUGUUCUCUAUAAUUUCACAUAUUCUGUGAUGACCCCAAAACUCCAGAUGAAUGAAGUGAUGAAACAGUAAAGGUCACAUACAGGAGGACAGUGUUUGUUUAGUGUUUAUUUAUGUAUUGCAUAAUGGAGAUUUUCUAAAUCAAUUGUCUCAACAAGUGAGGGGUCGCUAUAGCUAUCUCUCUCCACCACUGUUCUUUCGUGAUGAAAUAUUUUGUAUUCUGUUAAAGAUUUCCACCAGUGUUGAUUAACAAAAGUGAUGGACAACUAAUUUGAUGAUGUCUUAUGGUGAACAUUUUCACUGAUCAUGAUACCUACUAUUGAUGGUAUUCACCGCUGAUAGUACCUGUUUGUGAGGACCCAAUGGUGUCUACUACUAUCCAUGGUCUCCACCACUGACAGCCGCACCUGUUGACAGUCUCCACCACUGAAGCUCGACAAGACAUAUUGCCCAAAUCUCACAGUUACCUGCAGAAAUGAACACCUGAUGUCCCGACCAAGAUUAAGACGAUCGACUCAAUCAACGGUAACUUAAAGCUGACUACUGUAUCCGGUCCUGUUUAAACUGUGUGUGUGUGUGUGUGUGUGUGUGUGUGUUAAAGCUAAUUAUCAUUGUGCAUUUUGUAAAUAAAAAGUUGUAAUAGUUUAAGACACAUGGGCCAAGACGGAUUUUAUCUUUUUCCGAAUGUUAAACUAAAGCAGGUCAAUUUAAAAAGUGUUAAAUAUGUUAAACUGUCCUCGAGAGAAACAUCCUCUUCAGUUUAAGUCAGAAAUAGUGAGAAAUGAUAAAUGGGUCGAAUAGAAACGACGAACUUACAAAUCAGGGCUUCUUUAUGUAACCCUAUUUUACUGCCUUUUGGUGAUAAUCAAUAUUAUGUAAACAUAUAUAUAUA